AUGAAUGCUGAUUCUCAGUUCAAGAUUGUGGUCAGCAUGGAGCAAAUUAAGGGCAUCCAGUUUUACCAAGUAGCCAAAAUUUCAGAACUUGAAUCAAUGGGCAGGCAAAGAGACAAGACCAAAUGCUCGGAAGUAUUGGGUUUGCAGCAGUCACCAUCGUCGACUACAUCACCAGCAAAUGCACGUGCCUCAUCUAUUGAGCGCCCAACAUACAAACACCAGGCAAAACGACACACAACACGUGAUUUUGAUUCUGAUCAGAGAGUAACAUGGGUG